AUGGCUUCCUCCAUCUUCCCUUUUCUCUUCUUGCUUCCCCUUCUGUUUCUCAACCCUCUUUUCAGCCGAGCAAAUCUCCACCAAUCCAAAACCCUCCUGAAAUCAACCCGUCUCCCCCAACAAUCAUCUACCGUUGCCACCAUUGCACCACCAACCCUCUUUUUCGAAGUCACCAAGCCAAUCGAUGUCCCGAACACCAAGCCAUGUUCCCUCACUGUUCUACAACAUGACUUUGGCUACACUUACGGCAAAUCUCCUGUUAUAGCAAACUACACCUUCCCAUCUAACUGUCCAUUUCGAGAUUUCUCUAGGAUUGUCCUGGAAUGGAAUGCAACAUGUAAAGGAAGGCAAUUCGAUAGGAUUUUCGGAGUUUGGUUGUCUGGAGUGGAGCUUCUGAGGAGCUGCACAGCUGAGCCUAGAUCUACUGGGAUUGUUUGGAGUGUCCAGAAGGAUGUAACUAGAUAUUCAUCAUUGCUUCUGAUGAACAAGACUCAGCCUUUUUCUGUCUAUGUCGGAAAUCUUAUCGACGAAACUUAUACCGGUGUUUACCGUGUCAAUAUAAGUCUUCAUUUUUACCCUGCAGAAGAAAAACAGAAUCUUUUCAAGGAAAAAGAAGGAGAUUUAGGGUCUGGGAUUCGAUCCAAGGCUGAUUUAAUCAUACCCUUUUCCAGGGAUUUGCCAUUGAAUGAUGGAUUGUGGUUUGAGAUUGAGAAUGCUACUGAUGUAAAAGGGAAGAACUUCGAAAUUCCUCGGAAUGUUUAUAAGGCUGUGUUGGAAGUCUAUGCUUCUUUCCAUGAGCAAGAUGAGUUUUGGUAUGGAAAUCCUCCAAGUGAGUAUAUUGUUGCUAAUAAUCUCACAGAUUUUCCUGGAAAUGGACCAUUUAGGGAAGUUUUGGUGAGUGUAGAUGGUGAACUUAUUGGUGCUAUCUGGCCCUUUACUGUGGUUUACACAGGUGGAAUCAUUCCUCUCUUGUGGAGACCCAUUAGUGCCAUUGGUUCAUUUGAUCUCCCAACUUAUGACAUUGAAAUAACCCCAUUUUUAGGUAAAUUAUUGGAUGGGAAAUCACACAUUAUAAGUUUCAGUGUCACAAAUGCCUUGAAUGUGUGGUAUAUUGAUGCAAAUUUGCACCUUUGGUUAGACUGCAAAAGCUCAAAGACCAAAGGGAAGCUUCUGCACCAUAAAAAUGCUCCACUUGGUGUUUCUUCUGUGACAGAAUUUCAUGGUUUGAAUGGAAAAUUUGUUACAAAAGCAACUAGAUCCAUAUCCUCAACUGGCUGGAUCAAAUCAAGCUAUGGGAAAAUCACAACAAAAUCAACCCAAAAACUAAGUUAUAAAAACUCUAUGGUGAUGACCAAGGAUGGAAAUCUGCAGAUUGUGAACCAAAAGAUCCAUUUCGAUGACAAAGUUCAUACUAAAAAGACAGGGUCUAAUCCGAAAUCGAAGAAAUCACUCAAGAGGUUUCUGUUCAAGAUACACUCUGAUUAUAGCAACCAAGGAAAUGGAACUUCAUUGACUGUAGCUAAUAUCACGUUGGGAUUCAAUGAAAAGAGGGUUAAAGAUAAAGUGAAGAAUCUGCAGAAGGGAAAAGGGUUCAUGGUUGUGAAGGAUAACCUGGUUGUCAAUGGAGAUGGAAAUAUUCACCAAAUGUACAAGUAUGAUGGCCGUAAAUCUUGCUACACUAGGGAUGUAAGCAGCUCAAACUACACCAUUCUUCAUGAUAAAGUGAGAAACAACUGCAGUAAAAAAUCAUUUGGAAUGUAA